AUGUCAGAGGCCGGAAUAAAUCAUUUUUUAAAAAUUGUAUUCUGUUUGUUUAUAUUAUUCUCACGUUUAGAAUCUAAACCAAUUUACAAUUGUGAAGUUAAUACAAUUAAACCAAAAUAUUCCAAGCACAGGCAGAUUGCUCAUUUCGAUUGGAUAUUUCCACCGUCCAUCGGCGUCGAUGAACUGUCCAACGCAAUGUCCGCCCCGACGCACUAUGCCUCCAUGGACCGUGGCCGACGAGCCGGAUAUCACCACCAUUCACGACUUGCUGGACUAAGCUACCACUGUGCAUUAAAUUCCGGACGCAGUCACCGCAUGUACCAUAUGCCGGUAAUAUUGACUAACCACAAGUUGGACUUCUGA